ACGUGACCCGCGCGGCGCUUCCUAUUGGGCGGGGUGGGCGGGGCGCGCCCGCCGGAAGUGCGGGGGCCGCUUCCGGUGCGGCGGCAGUAGGGAGGGCGGCGCGGCGCGCUUUGUCCCGGAAGAAGAGGAAGCCAUGGUGUGCAUUCCCUGUAUCGUCAUUCCGGUUCUUCUCUGGGUCUACAAGAAAUUCCUGGAGCCCUACAUCUAUCCCGUCAUCGCACCUUUCAUUAAGCGCGUGUGGCCCAAGAAAGCCGUGCAGGAAACGACAGCCACAAAGCAAGGGCAAGGGGGCGGUGCUAGAAAUCCCCGGGCACCUUCAGCCAGCGAAAGAGAUAAGGGGGAUGAGUCUGGAAUUUACCAAUUUGAAAGCAACGGGGUUGCCAAUGGGAUUGCUGCAAGGAGAUCCACGGAACUUUCCGACAAGAAAACAGAUUAAAGGAAUUCAUUCAUAAGGAUUUCAUUCCCUGGUAUCCAACACGAACUGGUGAUUGAUAUUUCUCUCACUUUGAGACACAUCUUUGCACAUUUCAGCUGAAUAAAACCCCUUAUCACGUGCAGGAGAAGGUCUCUUUUGCCACUAACGUGGCAGCUAGCGGAUUUCUUAUUUAAAAUGUUGGAAGACUGCGUGAAAUUAUUCUUGAUUUCCCUCCCUUGGAACCACUUUGCAUCUAUAACCUAUUGGGCAUGAGUAGAGAUUAGGUUAACAAGUUUAUGGAUCAAGCUAGCUUUGGAAGAUAAACGUGUUGCUUCUUAGUUUCACUGCCUGCGAGUGCAAUACUUCAUUCUUCCACUUCAAAACUGAGCUAUUUGUUGACCUUGCUAGAGAACAAUUGCAUCGUGGCAGCAUAAACAUUACGGUCAAGUCCUGAAGAAUAUAGGCUGCUGUGUGAAAUCCGUAGCUGAGCUACGGGAGUUAGGCUAUUUGCAAAACUGACUUAGCAAAAAGUCUUGAUUUGAUACUUUAAAUCUUUUUUUUUUUUCCUUUAAACGUUGUGCCUUUCUUUCCGGAAAGGGAUCAGCAGGUGCAUGAUGCAAGGGAAUUGUUGCGUUAUAUUCUGUUGCGGUGGUUUCAAACGAUGCAGGUCUGUGUUUAAAAAAAAGGGACUAAAAUCUCUUAACAUGCUUGUGUAAAUUGAAUUAUAAUAAAGCAGGAUUUUAUUUAAAAAUUA